AUGGCCGGGAAAGCCCUUAACUAUCGGAGCACCCUGGCCUGCGGCCGGCAAGGUCAGGGCGAGGAAGGCCCUCGGCGUGGGCGCCGGGUCUCCCUGGCCCUGAGCUCGGAUUUCCCCAGCCACCCAGCGUCCCCGCGGCCAGGCGGCGGCCAGGGGUCGGCUGCGGCCCUGGCCCACGUCGUCCUGAGCUGGGACGUGGCCCUGGUCUGGGUGGGGGUGGGGAAGGGCGGGGGCAGUUGGCGUCUCCGGAAGUCCGCGUUCGGGCCUCGCGGUCGGCCAGGAGCGCAGCCCAGAGCCGCAGCCGAGAGGGGCCCAGACGGGGUCCUGGGGGUGGGGUCAGGGCUCAUGCAUCAUCCCAAAGGCCUCGCUCGGCCCUGGCUGGCGGGAACCCUGACACCCUCUGGGGGGUUCUUGGGCCUGAGGCCUGGGCCUGGCUUUCAGACACCUGAGCUCCAGGUGCUUGGUGGUGGGGGAGGAGGGCACAGCCGCGCUCAGCAGGACCCCGCCCAGGCAGCCUCCUCACCCUCCCGGGUGCCGCAGGGGCCGGGGGGAGAGACGGCCAGCGGCACCUCGAGGCCUCUGAAACGCAUGGCUUUUGGGGGACACUGUCCCCGAAUGACCUGA